GCCGGUUCCUCCGAGUACGCUGGGAGGCGCGUUCAGAAGCAGGAUUUUUUGAUCGCGGUCGACCCAGAAAAGUACAUUGUAGAACAGCUUACCGCCAUGACGCUGGACGAGGCUCGAGCAGCUGACGUUCCCCGGGAGCUUUCGCCUUUGGAGGUCAAAGGUUUUCGUGCGAUGGUCGCGCAAAUCCAAUGGCUGGCUCAUGGGCGUCAAGACGGUCAAGCAUCGUAAGUCGACCGCCAGUCAACGGAUCAUCGCGUGGCCCCUCGGUCCUCAAUCCCUCGCCUUGGUGGCCAUCUCCGAUGCGGGCGGCCCAGGUUCCGCGGAGCGAGGGGGGCCUCGGAGGGGCUGGCUCAUCGGCGCGGCCGACGCCGAGAUCCGCAGCGACAGGACUGUGGGCAGCGGGAGGUUCUGGUUCGCGGUGUGGAUGGUCGCAUGCACGGCCGUGGCCGGCCUCGUGCAGGAGGUAGUCGGGCCGUACGUCUUCUUCUACGAGUGAGUGCCGCGCCACAUUUAUCCCCCAGGAAAGAGGACGAGCAUCAGACAAGGGGGAUGCGGCGCUCCAGGAAUGCUGGCGCUCCAGGCUCGUAUUUUGGCCCGUGAGACGGCGGCGGCAGCAAGGCCUGCCUCUGAGACUCAGGCGAGCCAUCAUGAUCGGCUCAGUUACAGCUAAAUCGUUCAGGCCUGCGGGAUCGCUGAU